AUGGAACUCUCACUUCUCACCCAUCAGCACAAUCCUUUCCUCACCUCCAAUCUCUUCACAAGAACACACAAAAAACUUCACAACAAAAAUUCAAAUAGGUUAUUACCAUGUAGCUGUUCACAUUCUUCUUCCAAUAAUGCCUCUGUAGAACCAGUUACUGUGUCUUCACAAAUUGAAGGAAGAAGAGCAUUACUCACUUGUCUCCUCACAACAUUUGCUGGAGUCUAUGCAUGUGAUGUGGCGGAAGCUGUUAGCACUAGUAGAAGAGCUCUAAGAGGAGCGAAAAUUCCUGAGAGUGAUUUCAAAACCUUGCCUAAUGGUUUGAAGUACUAUGAUUUGAAGGUUGGAAAUGGAGCUGAAGCUGUGAAAGGAUCGCGUGUCGCAAUUCACUAUGUUGCUAAAUGGAGGGGAAUCACAUUUAUGACUAGUAGACAAGGAAUGGGCGUUGGAGGAGGAACGCCUUAUGGAUUUGACGUAGGUGAAUCUGAGAGAGGAAAUGUCCUAAAAGGUUUGGAUUUAGGAGUCGAGGGCAUGCGAGUUGGAGGCCAGCGACUGUUAAUUGUUCCACCUGAACUUGCCUAUGGAAGCAAGGGAGUUCAAGAAAUCCCUCCAAAUGCAAUAAUAGAGGUGGAUGUUGAACUGCUUGCCAUUAAACAAAGCCCAUUUGGGACUGCUGUAAAGAUUGUUGAAGGCUAA